GCCAACGUUUGUAUUCACUUGCAGGUCCGGACAAUCCCUCCGUGAACUCUGCUUGCUCUGAUACGAGAUAAACAGCAGUAUAAACAGUAUGUUAGUCAUAAUCAUGAGGUGAACUGUGCCGAGCUGCAGGGCACAACAUCCUGUUCAUUGAACCUGUCUGACAGACUGCAGAGUAAACAGGGAUGGCUCUCACCAGAGAGGACUGGCCCUUUAAGAAGGAUAAAGCCGAAUUCGCACGAGCCGAGCGCAUCGAUGCCGCGCUUUACAUUUCGUCGAUAAUUUGCAUUGGUGCUGCGGGAAACAGCCUUUAUUGUCCUCGUCUUCAAAGAGUCAUUCUUAUGAAGUCUAUACUACCCCUCUAAACAGAAGCAAAAUGAGGCUGUUGACUGUUGCUGGUUUGCUCUCUGGUGCGUAAUUGAUGCGGUAAGUCUUAUUUGUGCCAUAUGUAGACGAUAAAUCUGUAUGCACGACGUUUGUCUCACUGAAUUCAACAAAAACAUGAAACAACGCGCUGCCUGCCAUAAGUACGAGUUCCUACAGAACCGAUUUAAUCCACAUACUGAGGUAUUUCAGCGUAUAAAGUUGCUAUUGUGCAUUACUGUAGUGGCCAUCUUUGUAUUCUAGUUUGAACGGAGGCUGGCGCAAUGUUGAGAAGAUAACAGCUGUUAUUUUAACAAUAUCAUCCUGUAUAAUGUGGCGAAGGCACAGUGCUGACAUCAGUAAUGUUAUAAAUGCUGUUUUGCUCUGUUUCUAUAAUAAUCAACAACAACUCAUUAAGAUUUGAGGUCCUAAUAUCAUAAAAAACUGAUCAGAGCCUCAAAGAAAAUACAUCUUAUUCUAGUAAAAGAGAUCAAAUUACAUAUUAAGGUCGUGAAAAUGAACUCAAACUUAAGAUAUCCUGUUAUUUAAGAGCUAUCCUAAUGUAAAGAACUGCCUCUUACUGUAAAUGUGUUACUCACUCAGUGUAAAUAGCUGAGGGUAAGCUCCACUAUCCCACACAGAUGAAUCUCAGUUAUAGUGAAGUUUAUUGAUUUUUCUCCUUCAGCCAUUUAUCCAAGAGCCUUAGACAUUAGGUCUAUUUAUCUAUGCUCCUCUAAGACUUGUGUUCUUUCCUUCCAUGUGCUCUUGUUGUAAAACAGGGAGAAAAAGCUAACUGAUGUAUACAUUAGGGAGAGCUUUUGAAGAUUUGUGAGGAUUGUGUUUGAUUUCUUUGGCUGGCCAAUGACCUUAAGGCAGAAAUGUGCUCCAUCAUCUGUUCACACUCAUUCUCUAAUGUCUUUCCACUCUGAAGGGAGGAAGGUCUAAAAAUAUCUUUCUGGGCUGAUGUUUCACUCCUACUCUCACACCUGGGAAUCGCGAUGAAGAAAAGUAAUCUAUUUCUAAAGACUUAAAUCAAAGUUUAAUCCUAUUAGCAGGCAGAUUCAUGUUCUGCUCUUCUCCAAUAUCACUUUUCACAAAAAACCAAGUUAAAUUAGGCUUGUAACAGGUAUAGAGGAGAUGCAGUUAAAGUAAAUUAAAGCUGUGCUGACUGUUUUUUUUAUUGCAGAGCACAGAAUCCUGCGCUGCGGCACUGGAUUUGGCAGAGUCAGGCUCCUCCACAGAUCCUUUUCUUCUCAGGGAGGGGGGAAACACUGCUGUUUUUUUAACUUCCUACCUUUGUUUAUUCAGGACAUCCUGAACACCACAGGGGCAGUACCCUCUUAUCUCCUUCAAGACUCAACUUUAAUAGAGAAUUAUGGAAGACAAACGCAAGAAGCGGAGCCCGAAGGUGUCUCUCCCCCAGCCUCCUCCUCCUCCCGUGAACCCCCGCAAACUCUCUGUCCUGCCUGCCAGCAAAAGUGCCACCUUCUCUCUCGGCCUGCCGCAGCCCCCCUCCCCCAAGAACAGGGGCAAGUAUAAGAGGUCCAUAGGAGCACCGGGGCAGCCUAAAGAGGUGUUUACAGCAGUCGUAGCACCACCAAAGAUCACCAGGUUUGUGUCUUAGUAAACAGGAAACAAAAGCCAUUAUGGGAGCAUGCUUAUUUUGUUUAAUUCCCAGAGCUAUUCUUAAAUGUGGGACGAAAAACUUUGAAGCAUCGACAAAGAAAUAUUAGAUUUACCUCUAAAUUACAUUGAAAUAGCUUUCAGUGUGAUUUUUUUUUACUUCUGCCUGAAAGCUGUAGUAGAGUUGUAAGAGAGUGUUGUAAUAGAGUUACGAAGUCCAAAGCGAUUUAGUAAUGUUUGAUAAACAGGGAUAUCUGGACAAAGUUUUUCCAUCAGCCUCUAAAUUAGUCUCUUCAUGUAUUUGGUCAUGCAACAGGAAAACACUGAAGCUAAUUUGAUUAAAGUCUGGUUGGUUUUAUGGCUUUUUUUUUUAACCUCUUUUGUAUAAGAGUCUGUGGAAAUUACAUCAUCUCAUUUAGUGGCUGUGAGAAGCCAGAGGUAGGAGAAACUGAUGAUGAGGCAGGGGGUAUUUUACUAAAGAUUGGAACAACAUAGAAACAACAAAUGUUUACUGUCUUGAUGAUGAAAAUCAAAACAGCAUUUGACUGACUUAGAUAGAAGUCAGAAAUGUUGUGCCUCCUUUCCUGUUUCCUUCAGGCCUCACAGAGAGAAGCCCAGAGCUCCCCAGCCAGCAGGACCCAGUAAAGUGGUCCAGUCUUCCCCUCUGCAGCACUCCUUCCUCACAGACGUAUCAGACGUGAGGGAGAUGGAGGGAGGCCUGCUCAACCUCCUCAACGACUUCCACUCAGGCAAACUGCAGGCUUUUGGUAAGACAACCUUGAUCACUGAGGCCACUGAGGGAAUAUUCGAUUACAAGCUGAGAGUAAAGCCGGUUGAAAAGUGUCUUUGUUACAUGAAUCAGGCUGAAAUCAAAUAGCUAUGGUGCUAUUUUAGUUCCUCUGUUGCCAUGGAAAUACUUUUGACUUUGCUGUAAUCCCCCGUGCCACCAAAAUAGAUAGCACAGACUUGGGAGAAGUUUCACCUGAGGGUUUGCUUUUCUCUGAUUUGUAGGGAAGGUGUGCUCCUUUGAGCAGUUGGAGCAUGUGCGUGAGAUGCAGGAGAAGCUGGCUCGACUGCACUUCAGCCUGGACAGCCAUGUGGAGGAGCUUUCAGAAGAUCAGAGGAAGUGUGCCUCAGACCACAACCUGGAGCAUCUGCUAUGUAAUGUAAGCACAAACCAAACCAAAUUAAAUUUUGUAUGUGAAAACUCAGACCUAAAUCUAAGGAAUUUGGGUGCAUAAUUGUUAUUUUUUGCUGGGGAAAAACUGAAAUAAUAAUUAAUUUAGGGUCAAAUACACCGUAACACCGAGUUGGACACCCCCUCCAGAGAUGGAUGUUGCCAACCGAUUGCUUCUCUAGUUAUACCAACUUUAGUUACAACUGCAUGAUAGCAAUACACAGCGGUCUGAGGAGCCAUAAAUAAACCUCAACCAAAACGCCACUCUAUGGCCACAAAUAAUGCUCAGAGCAGCACCUAACUUCAUCAACAGGACAUAUAGGGUCCCAGCCAUAGUUCUAGCCACCAAACAUCUUUUUAGCUUUGUCUAAUUUCUUUAGCAAAGAGGCUAAACACAGACCUCGGGCGAGUCCAUUACAGACUACAGCGGACUACGGUGGGGUGAUGCAGCUAAAGGAAGAACAUUUAUGAUCAUUACUUUAUCAUUUCCUUAAGUAAUAAUCACCAUAUUAAUCAUUUUGCACUGCAGACAUGGUAGUUCUUCUGCCUCAGCAUCACGGUCUGAUUGCAUUUCCAAGGAGAAAUGAUCAUAAAUGUUCUUCUUUGAGCUGCGUCACCCCACAGCAAUCUGUAAUGGACUGGCCCGAGGUCUAGCUACAAACAAGCGGCUGCUGGAAGAGAGCUAAAAAGAUGUUUGGUGGCUAGUGCUAUGGCUGGGACUCUAUAUGUACUGUUGAUGAAGUUAGGUGCUGUUCUGAGCAUUAUUUGUGGCUAUAGAGUGGCAUUUUGAGGUUGAUGUGUGUCUCCCAUGUGUGUCUCCUGAGACCGCUGUGUAUUGCUAUUGUGCAGUCAUUUCUAAAGUUGGUUUAACUAGAGAAGCAAGGGGUCGGCAACAUUCAUCUCUCGAGGGGGUGUCUAACCAUGUGUUACUUUGUGUUUGACCCUAACUUACGCUAACUAACGCUGCGUUCAUACUGCAGGUUAUGAUGCACAAUUUGGAUUUUUUGUUAAAUCUGAUCUUUUUGUGCGAUCGUUCACAUUACAACAACGAAUGCGGCAUCUAAUGUGAACAAAAUGCGUCUGUGAAGUGACCUGCAUGCGCACAAAGCACAGAUUGCUUUCUCUGUUUGUGUUGUCGAACAAUGGUGACGUUUGUCGCAUAUUGAUGACGAAAAAGUCGGAUGAACAUGCCUGAGCUUCCACACUGCAGUCACAUUGGAUACAUAUCCAAUUUAUAUCUACAUACAAAAGAGGCCUGGGUCAGAUUUGAAAAAAUCUGAAUUGCACUGUUCACACUUGCAUAAAAAAAUCAGAUAUGUGUCACAUAUGGUUAAAAAUUGGAAUUGACCUGCGGUGUGAACAUAGCCUUAAUUUCAUGCCAGAAUAUCCCUUUAAUGAUUGACUUGAGCCCAUCUACAGGGAUCUACAGCCUAGCUCUGAUUCCAGUUCUCUGGUUGGUUGUGCCUAAAAAGAGCCAUACUGAUGGGAUCCUUUUUGGGUUAUACACUAUUGACAAGUAUCUCAUACAUCCCCACUCCAAAACAACUGAUCUAUCCUUUUAAAUUUUGUUAUAUGUCCUGCUGACUUUCAAGUUAGUUUAAAUUUUAGGUAGAUUUCAGUCCAACAACCAUAUGUUGCUGCCUCCCAUGUUGUGUGGCUGCUGGUUGGUUACUGGGGCUGGUAUGUGGGCCAUGGGGGAGCUGAAGUGUUAUUUGUUAGCGAGGUGAGAAAAAGCCUCAAGCUUGUCACAGAUUCUGCUGCCAGAAAUACUCUCUUACUGCAGCAGAGGUGUGCAAUCAUUCCUUGGAGCAGAUGGGCUGUGAAGUGCUUUUGUUUUGCAUGAAAAUGAAAGGAAGUUUGCCUUUGUAAACAGUGUAGUCUAGUGGUAGGGAUGUGAUUCAAAUAUUGAUCUGACACACAGGCUGUUAUGUAAUAUGAUUAGUCCCUUCUACUGCCAUAUCUCUCUCUGUUUUUAAAUGGCUCUGCUGUGCUCUCAUCCUUUUUUAUCUUGCAGCUGGAAGAGCUCAGCACCUCGAUGUAUCCUUUCCAAAUCAAAUAACUGUUUAUUUAUGGGUAUCACAAAGCACUCCAGGUGCAGACGCCAGAUUUAAAUGAUCUGUUUUCAUUCAGGAGUCUCUCUGCGUGAAUCCUUAAUGUGUCUGUUUCCAGACAAAAGCUCCAUUUGGCUGAGAACCAGGACCUGCCCAAGACAGCCGGACCCUGACAAAGUGAGGCGCAGAGGACGACGGAUGACCAUGAUCUUCUCGCAACAUCUUUUCAGUCCAGGUUUCCGUGGCAUUAAUACAGCUGCCUUAGUAACAGAGCGGAAAAUUCCACGGGAGGAGGGCCUAUUUUUUCCAUUUGGUCAGUGAAGCUGAGGGAACAAUGCAGUGAGUCAAAAGCAGCAGAACAUUUAAUGAACACUCAACCAAAAUGAAAAACCUCACAUUCAUGGCACAAUGGUCAAAGGGUUUAUUAAAAGGUGCUGUUCGAGGGGAAGUGUGUUUGAAUUUUCAGACAGUCCUUGGCGCUGAUUUAUGGUUACAUCAUUCAAUAACAAAUAAUUGAACCCAUGUGUGAGUUUUUGGUCCUGUUUGUGUUGAUCACAAAAAAACGCGUUUCUCGGCAGUUUAAAGAUUUAAAUUGUUUCAUUUUAUACGCUUGGUCUUAAGUGUAAUUUCACAAAGAUUGUUUCUCUUUUGGGAAAGAUAAGAAAUUAUAGACAGACUUGAGUAGCAAACAUAUUUGAACACCACUGUGGUUAACCUUGAAUUUUACUGGGAGUUUUCACUUUUGCUAUGACUCUGAAUACACUCCCUUGUUUUAUACACAACUCUCUUCCCAUUGAAAGUUUAAUACUGGGAAACAGACUGGAUUAGUUCAAAGUGGGUGAACCUUUAUAAAAACAGUGCAUUUUAAAGGGACUAUUUGACUAGAUCUAAUGUAUGUUUCAAUAACUCAUGAGUCAAAUAUUUUAUAAAUAUAUUGCCAAUGUGUUGUAAAGCUACUGUAUUUGUUGACACUGGUGGUUUAAAGUAGCUGGAAGCCUUUUUGUUAGGAUUGCUUUAAGGCUUUUAUUUUGUAAAGAAGGCUCGUUAGCAGCACCCCUCAAGCACAAGCAAGUCCACCCCGCUGCUGAAAUGCUGUAAAAUUACUUCCUGUUACAACAUGACAAACACAGGGAGUCUGUUCAGUUCAACACAAGAAAGCAUUCACUGUGUCCUAUCUCACUGUGUUGGACAGCACAUUCACGGAGUAAUGCAGCUGGCAUCAAUUUCUACAGAGGGACAUUUCAAGAUGGCAGCUACUUUCUUAAUUCAAAAUUUAGAGGUUAUUCUUUUCCAAAUGAGUCAGUGAUGCCUCUUGACUGUAAAACACAAUAACACAAUCCCUGACAAUCAAAUUAAGUGAUCCAAGUGAUCAAUAUGAAAAAAAGGAAGCAUUUCAAAUCAUUGGUGCAUUUCAUACUCUAAUAGUGGGAGUUGUAAUACUGCUUGCUAAGCCUACCUCUUUUCUAAAGCCUUUAGUUGGAGCACCUCUGCAGAUACUUUAAACAUCUCCUGCUCUGGUAGCUCACAAAUCCUUCUCAGUAGGGCUAUGACUGGUUCAAACUGUCACAAUUAAUUCACCUGCUGGUUGUUUUCCUCAUUAAUUGAUCUACUUUGGUCUAUGAAACAGAAAUGACUAGAAUUGCCAUCCAGCAGUCUCAAACAAAGGAUAUUCACUGUGCAGAGAAACGUAUUAUUUGCAAAUAAGUUAAGGUAAACUUUAAAUCAGCUCCUUUUUGCAGCUCUUACUCUGUCAGCUGUCUUUUGUUGUUUGACUUGAGAGCUGUGCUUCAAUAAAAAACUGUCCUCUACAAGCUUCAAUUCAGCCAAAGCAUCAGAGAUACAAGAUCUUGUGUUUCCAGUGACUGUGCCCAUUAAUAAACCAUUUCAAAAUUCAACAUGCUCACUUUGUGUACUUCAUGGCUUGCAUUCACUAAAUCGUUAAAUUUGAGGCUGUCAAAGCUGAUGCAGACUAGACUUUAUCUUGUGGUACAGUUUUCAUAUCUGAUCAAAUCAGAAUGAGACACCUUGGAGUUAAUCUUACAGAAAUAAAACACUUUAUUAAUAUAUCACUCUGUCUUUGCCUUGUUCACAAACAAGUUUAUAUAUAUAUAUAUAAUUUAAUAGAUGAGAUUAAAGGCUACUUGAAGACUGGCACUAUACUGAGACACAAUCAGACCAGGGCCUUCCCUGUUUAUCAGGCAACUGCUGGAGUAAAGCCGAAUACAUCCCUCAAACACCGUCCUAAUCCAGGAAAACGGACCAGAACCAAUCUUGAUCCAGGCAUCAGUGUACAUAUAUUUAUACUUCCAUAGCAAAAAUAUACAUAGUUUUGAUCCUGCCAGUAAAUUUUGGUCAUGCAAAAAAAGACUAUACCAACUCAGCACAUCAUUAACAGGACUUCAAAACCGCUACACAAUAGAUAAAUUAUAAACUGUACCAUCAAACAGCAUAAAGAUCAAGCUAAUACUGUGCAAAUACACAUUUGAGCUGUACAAAAGUAUUCCAUACUUUUCUUGUUAGUUUCAAAUCACAAUUUUCAAUUACAUGAGACAAUUUGAAAAUAUCACAUCACAUUUGAUGAAACAGCAAAAAUAUACACCUUUCAGGUCCCUGUCUUUUUGUGCAUUUCCAUUAUACAUUCUGCAAAAGUGUCUCUGAUUUGUCUACAGUACAUGUUUAGAUUCUGAAAAAAGCAAUGACAAUCACAAGAUGCUGAAAUGUUAAAGGCCAAUCAUGAUAAUGAGCUACCUUUUCAAAGUGCAAAGAGAGCAGGUUGAGUGUGUGUAAGACCUGAUGUCAGUAUGUUGAAAUCGUCCAUACGUCUGUACCAGAGGAAAUCUCACUGAGAUAAGAAUAAGAGCUCCUACUUUUUAAGGACUUUCUCUGUAUUUGUAUAAAAGUGCAGGCACUAUUAGAAAUGUACAACAUCUCUGUCUUCAAGUAAGGUCAGUGUAAAUAUUUCUCCAACAGCUGGAUGUGUUUGGAUCCUCUUUUAUUUUUAAGAUAGGCUCCUAAGAACCUCAUUUAAACCUCUAUGGACACUGGCAGGCUGGGAGGCAGCGCACUCUGUCAGGGUGGAUCCCAUCUGAGUGUAAAGGGCUUGGCACAGGUUGGCAGUAGCACCCCUCACGGUGCCGCCCCGGCCACGAAUGGUGCCGCUGUGGGUAGAGGUGCCCAGGAGGUGCCACAACAAGGGCAGCACUUUCUGCUCCACCAUCUGGGGCUUGCGAGGAUAGAGCUCUGUCACGAGGUCUGAACAUAAAAAGGGUGGAGAAACGGGAGGCAGUCAGAGAAAUAAGCCGAUCAAAAGAAGAAGAACUUUAUUGAUCCCUGGAGGGAAAUUGAAAUUCAAAGCAGUGACUUGGUAUUUAUAACUGAUCUGUAUGAAUCUGUAUGAGGAACAUACCGGCAACCUUCUCAAUGAGAUCCACUUUUGCUUUGCCAUUUAAAAACUGGGCCUUGGUGCAGAAUGGCUGAAGAAGGAGUAGAUUAUCUAUCAUGGAAACAAACAGGAUCACAAGUUAAAUAGUGAAUUAUUCCACUGGUUUCAAUUUAUCAAGAGAAGCUGUACUGAAGGACUACCUAGAUUUGACAUAAGUGCGUUAAGUGCUCCAAUAGCAGCAGAGUGGAUGGUGUUGUUCUUAGAGUUGAGGUGAUUGUCUACAAUCGCAGGUACCAGGAUGUUGACCACUUGGGACAAGUUAUCCUUUAACAAAUGGACGAUUUCCUGUAGAGACUCGAGUGCAUGCAGGUUGACCUUACUGUUGGACUCCUGCAGCCUGGCCUUGAAAGCAUCAAACACCUGAGGGUAGAAAAAAGGUGAUCAAACAUCACUGGAUAUGGUUGGAGGACAACUGACAACUGUGACAAGGUGCAUUAAGAGAAAACUAACCAUUGACAGGCUUGGGUUAUAAAAGGUUAUACUCACCGGAAAAAUACAAUUGAUGACCAGGUUGGGGUUGUUCUGGCAGUCAGAUAUUAGCUGGUCAAUUCCCCUGAUCCUCUCUCUGAAGUCCUUUGAACCCAGCAGACCCGAGAUCUGCUUGAUGUAUUCACUCUUGUCUGCGAUAGUCUGGGUCUGUGAUCUGCAGCUGUAAUGGCUGUUUGACUCACUGUAGAAAAUACAACAAACAUGAAAUAGUAAACUUAAUAAUGGUAUGAAAAAUGUGCAUCUCAUUUUUAUUUGCAAUAUACGUGUAUUAGUAUAUAGUUUGUUUAAUACGUGGAUAAGACUACACGAUUUAAGCAUGUUUACAGCCCGAUCUGACAGUUGUAGGAAGUAAAGACGUAAAGAAGAAAUGUUGGGGGGUAAAAGGAACAUGCACUUUAACAACGUGGUGAGAUACUGCCGUUAGCUUUUUAAGGUGCUGUCUAACUCAGUCAGUCUUCAUUCCAACUGAAUCAAGGUGAUCAUAACAUUGGGUUGUGUACUAUUAUGUAGUCUGUCAUUUCUGCAUCAUGGUUUUACGGCUCUGAGACCACUAAAUCUGACACUGUGGUGACAGACUGAAAGAUCAUGUAGUCUGGCUUUGGUAAAUAGCGCUGAACUGGUUGGAUUUCACCCCUACCUGUUAGUAAGUGGCUCUCUAGUAAGAGAUGAAGCUCUGACUGUACCAUGGCCUUGGAGAGAACGUCUCCUCCUGGCUGACUGGGUGUCUUGGAGCAUCUCACCAAGACCCUAAAAAACAAACGCCCAUGAUCUCCAGGUUAGAUUGCAGUUCAAACUUUAGUAAGAACAUCAAAAUAUCAAAGACAAAAGCUGCACCUUUGUUUUAAGAGUAAAGACAGUGUCUCUGACAGCUUGCAGGUCUUUGUUUGGGAUAUAUCU